AGGGAAGGGAAUGCUAAUGUUUACAACCAACGGGCUGUCAAUAACUUUAUCGUUAAUGAGCGAUGAUUGGGGUGACAAUUCCACAGUUUGCGAAAAGAUAAGUGGAUAAUAGCGCAGACUCAAUGACCGCUCCCCGCAAUCAGCGCUUUGCUGCUGUAGCUCCUGAAAUGGACACUUAGCCCAGUGCAUUAAUUGAACUCUCAGGGUUUUGCGGACUGUGAACUCCUUGGUUUGGCUCCUGCAAGGACCACUGAUAUCAUUUUGAUGGUCAACAGUUGUGCACUACAAUAGUCUCGAUGGAAUGGGUUUUCAUCAUGAAUCGGAUGAGCUCUCAGGGAAGCUCUGCAUCCCAGCGGAGGCGAAUGGUUCUGGGGGUGUUGAUACUCCUGCUGGUGGAUGUCAUCUGGGUAGUCUCCUCUGAGCUAACCUCGUACAUUUUCAAGCAGCAGGACUACAACAAACCCUUCUUCAGCACAUUCACCAAGACCUCCAUGUUUGUGCUGUAUCUGCUGGGGUUCCUGCUGUGGCGUCCCUGGAGGCAGCAGUGCAGUGGCUCUCUGAAACGCAGGCGCUCUGCUUUUUUUGCUGACGCUGAGGCCUACUUUGCACACUGCACCACUGACACCACUGUGAACAACCGUUUGAGUGAACCACUGUACCUACCAAUGAAGUUCCAGGAUGUACCUGCAGAACACUCAAAUUGUCUAAUUGGAGACUGUGAAUCUUCAGCCUCCAGAAAGCAGCGGGUGCGGUUCAGUAAUAUCAUGGAGGUGCGUCAGCUGCCCUCGACUCAAGCUCUGGAAGCCAAACUGUCCCGCAUGUCCUACCCUGCUGCCAAGGACCAUGAAGCUAUGCUGCGCACAGUGGGCAAGCUAACCAUCACUGAUGUGGCCAAAAUCAGCUUCUUCUUUUGCUUCGUGUGGUUCCUGGCCAACCUGUCCUACCAGGAGGCGCUGUCUGACAUGCAGGUGGCAAUAGUCAACAUUUUGUCAUCCACUUCAGGCCUCUUUACACUCAUCCUAGCAGCCAUAUUUCCCAGCAACAGCACUGACCGUUUCACCUUGUCCAAACUAGUCACCGUGGCUCUGAGCAUCGGAGGCGUUGCCCUUGUCAGUUUCUCCAGCAUGGACAACCCCGAUGAGAAUGGUGUCAUAGGCUCUCUGUGGUCACUGGCUGGGGCGAUUCUCUAUGCCGUCUACAUCGUGAUGAUUAAGAGACGAGUGGAUCGGGAGGAUAAGCUUGACAUUCCCAUGUUCUUUGGGUUUGUGGGUCUGUUCAACCUGCUGCUGUUGUGGCCGGGCUUCCUCCUGCUUCACUAUACAGGCUUUGAGGCCUUUGAGUUCCCCAGCCAGCUUGUGUGGAUGUACAUCCUCAUUAACGGCCUCAUCGGCACUGUUCUCUCAGAGUUCCUCUGGCUGUGGGGCUGUUUCCUCACAUCGUCUCUAAUCGGGACGCUAUCAUUGAGCCUCACUAUCCCGCUCUCCAUAAUGGCAGACAUUUGUAUGCAGAAGGUGCGUUUUUCAUGGCUGUUCUUUGCUGGGGCAGUUCCUGUCUUCCUCGCCUUCAUCAUCGCUACACUCCUAUGCCACUACAACAACUGGGACCCUGUUCUGUUGGGGCUCAGGAGAGUCUACGCCUUCAUUUGCAGAAAACAUCGCAUUCAGAGACUGCCAGAAGACAGUGAGCAGUGUGAAAGCCUAAUUCCUCUACACGUCGUCUCCCCCAGCGAAGGAAGCCUGUGUUCGUGAUCCAAAACAAAGACAAUGUGGUGACUGUGGAUCUCGCUGAGCUGACAAUCCGGAAGCUUUCAGAGACAAUGAAGUACCCUAGUGCCUCCUGUAAAAAACACUAUUUAUUUUCUACAGUGUUGAGACGGCCCGGCCAAAUUUACACGCUCAUUGCUCCGUCCCUCCCCCGUCCCUCCCCCGUCCCCCUUCUUGUUUUUUUGACAUUUUCUGUGUCUAAAGAAACUUUUGGUACUUGAGGUGCUGGACAUUUUACAAUGGUGUCAUGUGACCAAAUGAAUUAACUGUUGAACUUGAUCGUAACACUAGAGAAGAUGGAGCAGUUUAUGUGUGUUUGUCUGUGAGACUCUUAUCUGUGGUAAAGUACUUCUCUCACUGUUGCAGGGAGGGAAAAUGUUAUAGAAGUGGACUUGAAGUUUGUCCGUCACACUUUUCUUUUGUUGUUUUUUUUUUGUUUUUUUUUCUUUGUUAAAGUUGCUGCUUGUUUGAAAGUGUCUUUGUGAUGCAGACAUGUUCAUCGGGUCAUUUCACAUUUCACAUUUCACAUGACCAUUUAUUUGCACACUCCCAGAGUAAACCCAGGCUUUUCUGACGGUUUUGGUGUCACUUAAGGCUCCAUAUUAGAAAAGUGCAUCUUUGCGUUAAACACCGAUCAGCCACUACAAUAAAAACAGUGUGACUGGUGUUAAUGUUGUGGCACAGUAGUGUAUAUCUGUGCCUUGUUUUAAAAUAGUUUUUAUUUGUAUCCCUUUUUGAACUUUCAGUUAUUCUUCAUGGCUCCAUGGCUUAACAAAGUCCAACACUAGGGAUGUCCCCAUCAGCUUUUCCUGAUUCUGAUCCAGUCUUUUUACAAUUGUGAAGACAAUUUGACGGUUAGGGUUGCCGUGUCACAUGAAUUUAUAAUGACUUGUCCGAGAUUGCUGCUUUUUUAAGUCCUCAAAUCAUAUGAUGUGAGCACACACUAAGGCUGCAACGAAUGAUCUUUUUUUCAUUUUCAGUUAAUCUUGAUAGAUCCGCUGUUUCACCCCUCUAAUUAAAUGAAGAACAUUGUCGGUCUGUGUGAAGACAACAUCCUCAAGAGUCUUUAUUUUUGUCCACAAACCAAAGAUCUUCACAUUGUUUCCAUAGAAGAACAAAGAAACCAGAACAUACUGACUUUUAAUAAGCUCAAACAGUAGGGCUGCAACAAUGUAUCUCUCUCUAUUAAUUCCAGUAAUGUCUGUCUGUUAAUCACAUAACUGUCCAAGGGUUCACUUGACAGGCUUCAAACUUGGCAGGUAACUUAUUAAGGGCACCAGUAUGUGCGGUAUCACUAAACGAGCCACUUUCACAUUCCCAAAGUCAUUUGUUCUGUGAUUUCAGCGUCUUUCCUGGUUUCUUUGCUCCUCUGUGAUAUUAAACCUUAAAUAUCUGUGGUUUGUGGACAGAACUAGACAUUUAAUGAUGACGUCAUUUUGAAGGUUGUUAAAAAACGAGUCAACAUCUUUCCCCAAUUCCCGUCGCAUCUAGAAAAUAGUCGGCAGAUGAAUCGCUUGUGACAAUAAUCGUUUGUUGCAGCCCCAGUAAUUAUAGAACUUUGUUUUACUGAAAAAACUCAGUCUAACUGAUUAUUCAACUAUCCAAAUAGUUUAGUAAUUAUUUUGGUUGACUCUGAAAUUGUCCUGACAGGAUUCAGCAAUAUUAUCCAUCUACGUAUGUCUCAGCAAAAAUAUCCAGGCCUAUAUUUUUCUGUCUGUGACUGGCCUUUAUUCACUUUGUUCCCGUAGAGUUUAGUCAGUCUGAUGCUGGAAGGAGAAACACAAAAUCACCACAUGCUGCAGACGAGCUGCUUAGAUUUGCCCCCCGUUCCUCCGACGGUGCUCGAUCCUGAAGACAAACUGUGACAGAGACGUAUGAAGUUUGCGUUUUAGCAGUCAAUCCUCGGCUAUAAGCUACAACAUGUCUGCUGCGGUAACAAAGUGGGUGUAAAUACUGUCCACAGUGAGUGUUUGCUGUUUGUUUGUUUGUUUGUUUAUUAACACUACAGAGAUUGUGUAUCACUUCAUAUCGGAUGUAUUUUUGUAAAUGAAGGAAAGAGUUUCCAAAUUCACCAGAGACUGAGAUUAUAUCACUUUAUUUACGGCGUGCGAUUUCAUGUGAGAAAAGAGAAAGCAUUUCAUUUAGCAGCCUCAGUGUCUGUCAUGUGAUCACAGAUGUACAUAUAUAUAUAUAUAUAUAUAUAUAUAUAUAAAUAUGUUGCAGCUUAAAGGUAAAUGUCAACAUUAUUCCACUAUUUCUUACGUUUCUCAUGUCAUAAUUCUUAAGAUUAUUAUUGUUGUUAUUGUUAUUCAAAUUUUCUAAGUGGUGCUUGUUGAAUCAUGGUUGUUUUUUCUUUCUCAGGUUCUUUUCUUUGACUUGUUUUUAUUUUUCGGAGCGGUUUCUUUGUACUCCAAGUGUCAUUGGUGAAGAUGUUCUAAAAGAUGGCCCAGAAAAAAAGGCUGUGAUGGAAACUUUCCUCUUUUUUUAUCAGCCUAAGCUCUUGAAUACUUCUAUUAUUUUGAAAAAAACUGUUUUCAUACUUUCACUGCACUAUUAAAAUUGUGUUGUUUUUAA